AUCCCCCCUCACCUUCCCUUUCCCUCUUUUCUACACCUCUCUCAUCCUGAUAUUCUCAUCCUCCCUCUCCUGUCCUUCCCAACAUUUUUACCCCUUUCUCCCCACUCUCUUACCCCUGGCUCCUCCCAUAGCUUAAUUGUGUGGGGGGUGAUGUGCUGCCGUAGGUUGGGGUGCAAACUUUAACACAGCCUUUCACACAGUCACACAAACUGUACAUGUGUAAGGCAGUGGCAGAGCAGACUGUGGCUGGGCCUGGUGGGAAGUGUGACUGUCCGGCCAACUCCGUCAACUGAGUGGUGAUGCCUGGGCUGACUGGCGGGACGGCUGUUACUUUCUGUGGUACAGUCCUCGGUAUGCUCGAAGAUUGUUCAGCUCCUAGGGCAGAAUGAGGUGGACCACCAUCAGAAGCAGGUAGUGAUGCUGAGUCAAGACAGUUUCUACCGAAUACUGACUCAGGAGCAGAAAAGCAAAGCACUAAAGGGACAAUUUAAUUUUGAUCACCCUGAUGCCUUUGACAAUGAACUUAUCUUGAAGACCCUCAAGGAGAUCAUGGAAGGAAAAACUGUACAGAUUCCUGUGUAUGACUUUGUUUCCCACUCCAGGAAGGAGGAGACUGUGGCUGUGUACCCUGCAGAUGUGGUUCUGUUUGAAGGUAUUCUGGCCUUCUAUAUGCAGGAGAUUAGGGACAUGUUCCAGAUGAAGCUUUUUGUAGAUACUGACGCAGACACAAGACUCUCAAGAAGAGUGCUUCGAGACAUUAAUGAGCGCGGGAGGGACCUGGAGCAAGUUCUUACUCAGUACAUCACUUUUGUGAAGCCAGCCUUUGAUGAAUUUUGCCUGCCUACCAAGAAAUAUGCUGAUGUAAUCAUUCCCAGAGGUGCUGACAAUGUGGUUGCCAUUAACCUCAUUGUUCAGCACAUUCAGGAUAUUUUAAACGGAGGUUUAACCAAGAGGCAGACUAACGGUUACACGAACGGUUUCACCAGCCCUAGGACCAGGCAUCCUUCUGAUUCGAAUAGCAGUCGACCUCACUAAAGGGCUACACCAUGGACUCUGUACAUACUGUUUACCAAUACGCUGUAUAUUCCAAGCUCCUUUUGCUCUGGGAGGCCAAACUUAGCUGGACCUUAACUUGGAGAAAUUCAAUUUCACAUGUAAAGUGUGAUUGGUGCCAAGUGCUGUGUAGAAAGAAUGUGGGUCACUUUGGUAGUAGCCCAUGUACACUCCUGCAGAACUUCACGGGUUACAAAAUCCAUGAACAUCUAUGCCAAUACCUUCUUGUUCUUUUGUUUUUUUGUUUUGUUUUUUUUGUUUUUUUGUUUUUUUAAUACUCCAUUCGACUAGAUGAGAUGGGAGAGCUGGUAAUGGUGAUGGAGGAUCGAAUAAACUGCAAAACUUGAACAACCAUAGUGACUACUGCAAGACAUAUAUAUCCCAAAAACACACCUUGGAAUCCACUAUAUAAAUAUAUAUAUACAAAUGUUAUAUAUAGAUACGAGAUCUAUAUUUUUGUCUACAUGUACAAUUGUAAUAUUAUAUGCCACAAAAGUAUUUUACACACUUUUGGUAUUCUCUAGGUUACCUCUUUGGCAGGGAGACUGAGCACGAGAGAAUCAGUACAGUGCACGUAAUGGAGAGGAGAUUUCACUUGCUAGACCCCUGCACCCUUCUGUCUGCUUCUGUGCUGCAAGGGUGUUGCUAGACUAUGUUGUGUCAAUGAUACUGACACCCGGUGUUGGUGAACUUCUGGUUAAUUGUCCUUAAGCUGUUUUAUUACUGUUACAUAACACUCUGAUGGUAUUUCCAAAAGUUGUACAAUGAGCUUCAUCUCGUUUCUGUAACUGAAGGGUUGCUUCACUUUAAAAUGAACUUUGCAGUCAAUCUUCAUUUAUUGUAUUUUUUAUUUAUUUUUUGUUCUCUGGCUUGGCAUUCAUACUAGUUGCUUGUCGUUAAUUGGCUUAGUUUAAAAGUCACAGUAGAAGAAGAUUAGUAGAGGACCUUUAAUGGAAAGCUGAGAAAUAUUUAUUAAAAAAAAAAAAAAGACACCUACUUUUUUUGGUUGCUGACAAUGAGAGCGCAUUCUCAGCUGCAGGCUGGAAAGAAUCUGAAUAGGAAGAUAAUUUAUAUAAAAUAAAGAAAAAAGUAAUGUGAAAAAUGAAGGCCAACUGCACUUUUUAUCUUUAGAAAAGGUCAACAUUCCCCUUUUCAUAUUUCAUUAGACAAAAUAGGCAUAAACUUGACUGAUUUACUGAUACGAUUCAGAACUUUUAGGGAGAAAAAUGCCAAUAUUUGUGCUUCUGGGUGAUAUAUUUGGCAUUUCUUUGUUUAUUGAAGCCUAAUGUUAUAAUACAAGUCACAAUUCCAUAGUAAAGCUUGUAACUGUCACAGGUCAAAGGCAUCCUAAUGAAUUAAGGCACUGCUUCUCCCGUCUCUAGGCCAACGUAAUGAUGACAUUUCACCCUCCUACAUGCAGGAGUGGGCCAGUGCUAGAGUUGGCAACCGAUUCAUCCUGGGCUCCCAGGUCAGAAAAUAUCCCUGGUAAUAGUAAAUAAUAGUAUUAUUAAUAUUAUUAUAAUAAAUAUAAUAUCAUUUUGCAUUUUCAUCAGUGAUGCUCUAUGCAUGGCCACCCAGGGGACAAAUUUCCAAAGUGGCGGAUAAAGCCGUCCAGAAAUAGUUUCCUGGGCUGCUCUUUAUACUUUUGCUACGUAAAAUUGCUGUAUAAUCAAAAAGCAUAUAUAAAGCCAUUUGUGCAAAAAAUGCUAGUGUGAUUGGUUGAAUGAGAAGCUGUUGCUUUAUUUGGUGUAAUCAACAGCAGCAUGGCAAACUGUUUAUAGCUUUGUUAGUCUAAAGGGUGCUCACCAAUGAGCCUUACAUUUUUUUUUUUGACUAUUAUAAAGUAUCCUUUUCUUGGCAACUUUCAGUUGGUCUCCAUUUUUUGUAGUAUCUGCUUCCUCUGCUACCUCUUUGGCUUUCAGGUGGGUGAUCACCGACCCCCACAGCUAAAAAUCCAUUGCUCUGCGAGGCUAUAGUUUUGAUAUUGAUGCUUUUUUAUUACUUAUCCUCCUGCUCAGGUCUUCUCUUAUUCACCUCCCAGUCUCAUUCAUCAACAGUCUGAUUGCAAGCAUAAAUUUGACCCUAGCAACCCAAUAGCUGCUAAAAUUCUGAGCCGGACAGCUGCUGAACAAAAAGAUAUGUUGUUAAAAAAAAAAAACUAACCGCAAAUUGUUUUAAAAUAUCAGUCUGCAUCAUAAUAAAAAUUAAAUGUUAAACUUACGACUAUUUGCUUCUAGAUACAUUAUAUCAGUGACAGUUAUCAUUUAAGUGUUAUUCCCACCCCUCCCGAAAAUUAGGGACCCAGCCUUUCUGUACUCCCUUGGGACCCUCUCUUGCCCAAAGCCGUACAAUGCAGUUUUUAUAUCUGUAUUAUGGGCAUACCGUAACAUUUAAUCACAAGUUCCUGUCUCCCUUCAGAUAGUGAUUCUAAUCGCUUGCUUGAUUAUCUCAUUGUGAUGUGAAAGCCAGUCCAGUUAUCCAGCUUAAAGCUGCCAAAUAUCCAUACAUGUAGGGAAAAAACCCUAACUUUUUCUUUUUUUAUUUAUAGGAAGAAUCUGUUCUGAUUGGUUAGUAAAACUGUCAUCAUUGUGUGAACCUGGGUAAACUUUUUACAUUUGCAAAACUUUUCCCUUCCAGUAAUUGGGACAAUUGCACACUGACAAAUAAGAAUGGAAUGCUAUGGUUAAUGCUAUUUGUACUGGGCAGACAAUGCCCCUCAAAGCUGUCAUUGGCCAGGAAAGCUUUGGCCCUAAAGCCUUACUUUGUCUCUUUGUACAUAGGAAGCCAUUACGUUGCCGUUGUUGGUUUAGGAUUUAAUAAUGUGAAAGUGGGUGUUUUACAAUUAAUCAAAUAAAGUGCAUAUUUCAGA